AUGGUGGCACCUAAGACGAAGCGUAAAGAACUGAAUUCCCCGGAAUAUGUGAAAUCGGAGUGGAAAGAUGGUGACCGGGAUGCAAUGGCAGAGCUACUCACGAGGUUGAAUUUUGACAAGGAGAGUUUCUUCAACGAGAUCUUGGUUAUCGUGAAGAAAAAAAAGUCCUACACUGUGGUGAUUGAUGAGGGAUGGCACAGCGAAAGUGAACUCAAGGAGUUAGGCUGGACUGCGGCGAAGAUUCAAGGGGCGAAAUCGAGAUGUAUGGCCCUGGGUGACAGUCACACAAGGCGAAACGCGUACGAUGGAGAACUUGAAUUCUUUGUGGUUUUGAGUGAAAAAGCCAAGAGAACAGAGGAAAGCUCAUAUGAAGAAGAACAUAGGAAGCGACAGAAGGUUGAUCACGACCCCAGUUCCGAUCUUGGCACAAACUUCAGUGCACUGGAUGCUCGGGCAACGAGGGAAGCUGAAGAAAAGAAAAAACAAGUUGAAACACCACAGGUGACCAAGUACCUGCAGACGAAAGAAACUUUGAAGAAGUUUCUCACUUCCAUGAUGAGCAAAGCCGGAAAACUUCGCCAUUUGGUCCGUGACCUGAAGAAGAGCUACUGUGAUUCCGCUACAGCAACGUGCCUGAAGACCUUGGAGACGCACAUCGCUGAUGUGGACAAGCACUAUGAUCGCUGCAAUGAAUCGUGGGCCACAGGGGAGGUUGAGGAUUUUGGUACUGAAGAGUGGUACAAACAGGCCGAGCAGCGCAUGAAAGAUGCCACGUUUGUGUGUGCCAAGGCCACGGCAUAUGAAACCAAGAUCAGGAACGCAAAGAAGUACUAUGAGAAGAAGGGCCCAGCUGAGCAAGAUGAUGCGAUGGACCAUGAGUUGCCCAAGAAAAAAAAGGAAUCUGAAAAGGAUCCCAAGAAAAACAAAAAGGACAAAAAGUCCAAGAAAGACAAGUAG